GUGCAUUUUUGUUGGGCUUGAAAUCUCAGCGAACGCGUAUGGCUCCGGGCAAGUACGAUCGACGUAAACGCGGCCGAUGGGAGCAGUACAAUGCGGAUUAUAAUGCAGACGAUACUUCGCAGACGAGCAGUUUGGGUGAAAAAAGUAAUGCAAGUGAUACAGCUGUGCCCAAAGCAGCAAGCCACAAUUUGGAGGGGCAAGCCAUAGUGCCGCGUACGGAUGAAUUCGGAGCGAAAGAUUACAGACAGGAAAUGAAGCUGAAGCCCGAUCAUGCAUCGCGUCCACUUUGGGUUGCGCCGGAUGGACAUAUCUUCUUGGAAUCAUUUAGUCCGGUUUACAAGCAUGCCCAUGAUUUCCUGAUUGCCGUUGCGGAGCCAGUUUGCCGGCCUGAAUUUGUUCAUGAGUACCAGCUUACGGCAUAUUCUUUGUACGCAGCUGUAUCAAUCGGUCUGCAAACCAAUGACAUUGUCGAGUAUCUUGAAAGGCUAUCGAAAUCAACGCUACCAAAAGGCAUUGUUGAGUUCAUCAAGAUGUGUACUCUGAGCUACGGCAAAGUGAAACUUGUGUUAAAAUACAAUCGUUAUUUUAUUGAGUCGCGACAUUCGGACGUCGUACAAACAUUGCUGAAAGACAAGGUGAUACAGCAGUGUCUUAUUGACGAUAAACCGAUGGGCACUACCGAUCUGCAACAAAAAAAACUGCAAAUUCCGGGCACACAAAAACAACAGGAAGAAAGUAAGGAGAAAAACGGGGAAAACCCGGCCGAUGUGCCAAAAGAUAUUGAUUCGUAUUUUGGCAAAUUGGAUGGUGAUGAUGACGAGGAUGAGGAAGCCAUCAAAAAUCUUCAGUUACUCACCUUCGAGUUUAGGCCGUAUCAAGAAAAAAGUUUGCGGAAAAUGUUCGGUAACAGUCGUGCUCGUUCCGGUGUUAUUGUGCUCCCAUGCGGUGCUGGCAAAACACUGGUCGGUGUCACUGCCGCAACAACUGUCAAUAAGCGAUGUUUAGUGCUUGCAACUUCGAAUGUUUCCGUUGAACAGUGGCGGGGUCAAUUCAAGGUUUGUUUCCCGAUAUGUUUUUGAUC